CUUUGUAUUAAUUCAUAGUCUCACUUUAAUUAACGAACAGUUUGCUCGGUCCGAUAAUGCAGGCUUACGCAUGCUAAGUAAGAGACACGAGCGCGUUCUGCCAGUCCGGGCUUGUUUCCAGAGAUCUCCUGCUUCGCACAACAGGGCUCCCGGCAUGCUCGCUCCCACAUUGGAAUUAUCUCAUGAGCCUAGGGAGUUGAUCUUCCUUCGUCGUUCUCUCUGCAUAACCCUCUCAGUGCUUAGUCAGUUCUUAAAUUCGCUGAUAAACAGGGGGUAUUACCAACGAGUUAAUUCACAGCGGUAACGAAACGACCGAUAUUACAGUCAACAUAGCGGCGAUUUAUGUCAGACGCUCACCUUCUUGAGGAGCAAUUACUACUCCCCUUAGCACAGAGACGCGC